CUCAGCUCCAACUUAUACAAUUCAACAACUCUAUGACCUAACCUUUUGAACAUAACCAUAUAAUUCUACAACAAGCAAAACCUCCUACAACCCCCCAUCACCUAGGAAAAAGUUCCAACCUCGCAACCAACACUACCCACCCAGAAAAAAAGCAACCAACCCCUCACCACCCCACCAAGCUAAGCAAAAAUGCCACCAACAAACCCCCUCACCCUAAUAGUCGCAACGACCCCAGUCCCCACGCGCGAAAAAACCCUCCUCGGAAUCGGCCUAAAUGGCACGCUCCCCUGGCCGCGCAUAAAAGCCGACAUGAGCUUCUUCGCGCGCGUGACAACCCGCCCCCCACGCCCAGGUACAACAAAUGCCAUGAUCAUGGGCCGGAAGACAUACGAUUCCGUGCCUAAGAGUCUGCGGCCGCUGGGGAAGAGAAUUAGUGUUGUUAUUACGCGGGAUGUGGCGGGUGUGAGUAAACGGGUCUCGGAGGAAUUGGAGAGGAAGAGGGCGAAAAUGGAUGCCGCUGCUGCUGCGGCUACUUCUGCUGGGGAGAAUAAGGAGGAGGGGCCGAUUACGGAUGCGAUUGUUAGUUCUGGGUUGGAAGCGGCGCUUGGAGAUGUGGAGGAGAAGUUUAAAGGGGGGUUGGGGAGCGUUUUUGUGAUUGGGGGUGCGGAGAUUUAUUCGGCUGCUUUGAAAUUGGGAGGCGAUCGACCGGUUAGGAUUGUUAUGACGAAUGUUGAGAAGAAGGGGUGGGAUGGGGAGAAGGCUGGGUUUGAGUGUGAUACUUUCUUUCCGAUUGAUGAGGAGUUGCUCAUGGAGAAGGGGUGGAAGAAGGUGAGUGCGGAGGAAGUGACUGAGUGGGUGGGUGAGCCUGUCAUGGGUGAAUGGAAAGACGAAGGCGAGGUUAGGAUUCAGAUGGUUGGAUAUGAACGGGUCAAUUGAAGUUUCGGGCACUGUGCACAGUUUAGCCUCUUAUUUUCUUGUAUAUAACGAUAGCGUUCGAUUGCUUUGUGCAAUGAUAAUCUAUAUAGGGCGAGUCUUCCCCAUCUGAGGUUCAAUGCUAGGCAUCUGCAGUCAAAGAGGCGCUUGCUAAUGAAGACAUAUCUAUCAACAAAAAGACGUCAAACUCCGUCAAGCAUAAUUAAGUAUACAGGCAUCCUCCGCUGAUACACACUUGGUAGUAGAAACAGCGCUAAGAAAAGUACAGUUUAUAGUAAGAUCAGUAUGUGCAUGAUGCUCAAGCUCAAAUAUAUGCAAAAACAAAACAAAAGAUGCUUCCCAAGACCAGGAAUGCGUGCAGGUACCGAAACAUAACGCCGGUCAAUGCUAUAAAGACGUUGACAAUAUGUAUACGGUUGCAUUCUCUUUUACAGCAAGCGGCUCGAGCUGCUUAAAGAGAAUCACUCGUUCUCCUUCAUGAACUUCACGAAAGCCUUCUUAUGGACUAGACCCGCGUACUGUCCAUUUUGAAGGACGCAUAGGUACCGUAGGCCUAGCUUAGCGAAGCACUGGUAAACAAGGUCCACAGGUGAGUGGAUAUCAAGAGCAAUGGGGGCCUAUACAUGCAUCAGCUUGUGAUGAGAUAUGGGGAUUUCUUUUCACAUACCGGGUCAAUAUAGCGGUUAAAG